UAUAACAACGGUGUUAACUAUGACGUUUCUGGGUUUAGAAAGUCGCAACGACUUACCAAAGGUUUCCUAUUGUACAGCGUUGGAUUAUUACGUGGCAAUUAGCUUCGCAUUCAUAUUUUCAACAAUUGUAGAAUUCGCAGCAGUUCAUUAUUUUACUAAAAGUGGUAGCGGAGAACAUUAUUUUCCAGAUAAUCAAGUACAGGAUGCUUCGACAGAUUCAGAAGAGAGCGAAACAAUGGACGAAGAAGGAAGCAUCGACGAGAAAGUCCCAUUUGUAGAUAAAGCAACGACACCAGACAGAAUACCAGAGAGUCUUCAGGAUAACGAAUGUUGGAAACAAGCUACAGAAAGGCCACGUCGACAAUCGAAUGCAUGCUCUUUAGCGGGAGACGAAAGUCCUACAUCUUUACAAUUCGAAAAUCUUUCACAAAAUGGUGCGAGACAUAAACGAAGAUGUUCGUUUUUUAAUAGCCGUAAAAUACCGAAAACGAAAAGGAAGAAGAAAAAGAAAAGAAAAAUCAUUAUGCAGUUGAAUAGCGUGAGCAAAAUCGAUAGAAUAUCACGCGUGUUGUUUCCCGUGAUUUAUUUAAUCAUUAACUUUAUAUAUUGGUUCACUUAUUUGGGUGGAGAGAGAGCAACAUGACAGCAUUCUCAUCGUGAUAAAAAUAUACGUAUCCAAUAUCACAAACUUUACUGUUGUUGUCACGACGUGAGGAAUAAAAACUGGACAGGGUA